CCGUGUGUGAGCCGGCAGAUGACAUACACAUACAUAACCAGUUAUGUACUCCCACGUCUGGUGACAGCCUUUCACGCAACUGCCGAGUAAGCUUGGACUAGAUAGGCCUCCACCUCAAAAGGCCGAAGAAGUCAUCGCUACUUUUCAUGAACCUAGCGCAGUUCGGAACAUCCACAUCUUCUUCCUCAGCGCUAUCAUCUUUCGGACCUAGGAAGACCCAGGGCCACAGGCUAUCGAGUUGUACAGGAACCUUCUUUCAGUCAUGGUAGUUGAUGGAUCAUUCUAGUUCAAAGCCAAACCAAGAGCCGAACGGACAACCGUGGAUCUGACGGUGUUCUUGGGUGGAACCGAUGAGUUUUUGGACAACGCAAGGCAAGGGCUGUGAUAAUCCAAGGUGGUAUAAAAGCUGCAUGUAUCAUCAGUCCUAGAGUUCCAACGACCAACGAUGUUCAAAGUUCUUUUGGUAUACCUCCGGGCACUUCAUGAAGGAACGACACUGAUCAAUCUUCUGUUUCAGGUUUUCUCCUUGAUUGCUAGGGGUGUUUAUGCCGGGCUCGCCCCUCAACCCUUGGCUUACAAUGUAGCACCUCUAGCGGACAUCGCAGGCAUUCAGGGUUCCAAUGCUGAUUCUAGGAUGUUUUACCAGAGAGCGGAUGGUUCCAUUUGGCAAACCUGUGUUUCUGGUCACUGGACGAAUGGACGCACCACUUGUGACAACCGGAUCGUUCCCGCCAACGAGGUGCUCUAUGGCACUCCCCUUGCUGCCGUGGCUACACCUAAUUUGACUGAAUGGCACUUGUUCUUCCUUUCCCCAACCUACACUCUCAGCGAAUAUAUCUACCAACAAACCUCCAUCUCGACAACAAACCCCAGCGGCGUCCGUGGCGGUACCAGCUGCACCGACUGCAUCACCUCCGAGCAAUUUGUAGUUGUUGGUCCUCGUAGCAGGGCUCUGUCGGCCUUGUACCAAGUUCAGAACGAUGAACCCAAGCUCAGGGUUUGGUUUGUGAGUGCAGGACAACCCAACACGGUGAUGGAAGCUGGCAAGCAGGGAAACCAGGUCUGGCAGCUUAUUGGAAUGCCCAACCCAGUACUGACAUGAUGAUGCACGAACCUGUCUACUUAUAUCUUCAUAAACCGUGAUCAGUGGACAAACGUUUCCUUACCUGAUCUUCGAGUAAAUUAGUUUGAGUUUGACCGCGAUACAGACCAGUUGUGAAUUGUCGUUUUCGUCCGUCGAACGUGCAUUAAUUUAUCAAGUCCGAA